GACCCUUCUCUUCUCUCUAAACCCUAUCCCGCUCUGAUUUCACCCGAAUCGGGGGUCCUCCUCCCCCUUUUCCCCACUCCACCAGCAACACAACAGACGAGCGCGGCGGCGGCGGCGUCCAGCGGAGGUCAGCGGCGGCGGCGGCGGCGCAGAUUCUUAGCCAGGUGUUCGUCGAUCUGCGAGCGGGUUUAAGCUGAAUUGGCCGGUCCAAUUCAACACGGAGCCAAGUCUGUCGAUGAGGAGUUGCUAUUCUUCUUCUUCUCUCUGUGGGAUUUCCAGAGCGGCGUGGAGGCACGCGGUGGCCGGCACCCUGACUCUGAGCGGCAUCCGCAACCAACACCACCACCAGCACAGUCUGCGCUACCUGCCCCUCAGGCCUCCCGUGCCGCCUAUUGCCCUUGGCCUUGCUGAGCGCUUCUUCUCUUCCUCCUCACCCAAGCGCUCCACCAAGAGAUCCGCGGCGAAGAAGGGCACGCCGCCGCCGAUGGACUCUGCCGGCGGCGACCCGUUCUAUGUCGUCCGCAAGGGGGAUGUCAUCGGCAUCUACAAGAACCUCGCCGACUGCCAAGCUCAAGUCAGCAAUUCGGUCUGCGAUCCUUCUGUGACUGUGUACAAAGGCUAUUCUCUCCGCAAAGACACCGAGGAGUAUCUCGCGGCCCGUGGGUUGAAGAAUGCUCUGUAUUCCAUUAAUGCAGCAGAUGCAAGAGAUGAAUUGUUUGAUGAUCUGGCUCCCUGCCCUUUCCAGCAACCUGAUGGAACCUCUACUUUGAAAAGGCCACAGGAGACGGAAACCGGACCAUCAAAGAAGCAUCCCAAAGUCGCUGAACAGGAGCUAUUACCUGAUAGUCAUCUAUCCUGCAUUCUUGAAUUUGAUGGUGCAUGCAAAGGAAAUCCCGGGAAAUCAGGCGCCGGUGUAGUAGUAAGGCGGUCAGAUGGAUCUGUGAUUGCUCAACUACGUGAGGGUUUGGGUAUUGCAACGAAUAACGCUGCUGAAUAUCGUGCAUUGCUCCUGGGGUUGAGAUAUGCUGCUAAGAAGGGAUUCAAGUAUGUUCGUGCUCAAGGCGAUUCUAAGCUUGUCUGUAACCAGGUUCAAGAUCUCUGGCGUGUUAGGAAUGAUAAUAUGGCUGACUUGUGCAAGAAAGUCAAGGAACUGAAGGGAAAUUUUCUUCAGUUUCAAAUCAACCAUGUGUUGAGGGAAUUUAAUGCGGAUGCUGAUGCCCAAGCUAAUUUUGCUGUUGAACUUCCUGUUGGUGAAAUUCAAGAGCAGUCAAACUUCACAUGCUAGUGGCUGUGCUUCAGAGUAGUUUGCGGCGCCUUUUUUCUUGCUCAUUUCACAAUGACAGAAACAGGAAUUCAUUGUUGAGCAGCUGGUGCGUAGUUUGCAGUUGAUCCGUAUUUACGACGAGGAGUCGAGAUGUUGGGGUAAGCAGAGGGAACUGUGUCUAGAUUUUUGGAUGAGCAGCUUCAGUAGCCUGGCACUAGUGUUUAGCCUAUACUGAUAUUAUGCGUACUGCAUACAACGUCAGAUACUAUUUUGUAGCAUAGUUAAAUUCGCAAGGGAAAGAAAGAUGCUACUGCUGCAA